AUGGCGGAUCUCACCCAGCCAAUUGUACCCGCACCAGACGACUAUGUGGUAGAUCUCGAGAACCCACAAAGACGAGGUGAACUCAUUAUCCUCUGGAUUGGAAUCGUGGGAACGGUUAUUUCCACGUUUCUGUUGGCUGUUCGAGCGUACACCAAAGUUGUAUUAGUUAAGAAACUGUCGUCUGACGACUAUUGCCUGCUCCUUGCCUGGAUAACGCUGACGACCACUGUGCUGUACUCGCCAGCUCUCGCCUUCGCAAAGUUGUCCUUCCUCUGUCUCUAUCUCAACUUGAGCCCCGCACGCAGCUUCCGCGCUGGAGUCUACUUCACCAUAUUCGUUGUCGUCGGGUCCUGUGUCGGCAUCGUCAUCUCUUUACUCGCAGCAUGCGAACCGUUUGCAAAGAACAUCGACGUGACCGUCACAGAAGGGCAAUGCUUGAACAAAGCGGCGUUGUACAUCGCUACUGGGGUACUGAACAUCAUCACAGAUAUCAUGGUCAUCAUCCUACCUAUACCCAUGGUUUUGCGAUUGCACAUGUCGAAGGAGCGGAAGAUCAUGGUGAUGGGUAUUUUCGGUGUUGGCUCGAUGUAA